AUGGGUGGCCUCGUCAAAAUGAAAGUCAUUGUAGUUGGAGCUUCGGGUGAGACAGGAACAUCUGUUGUGCACGGUCUUAUCAAGUCCCCCGAAAACAUCGAAGUCACUGCUCUCGCUCGCAAGUCCUCGCUAGACAAGCCAGAGUAUCUCGCACUCAAGGACCUCGGUGUCACUAUUUCUUCAGUAGAUCUCAGCACUGUCAGCGACGAAAUUGUUGCGCUGCUCACUGGUGCCGAUGUCGUCAUCUCCUGUUUGACUUCUGGUAAUGCAGAACAUGUUAAACACCAGAAUAACCUUGCUAGUGCUUGCAAAAAGGCGUCUGUAGGCCGCUUCGUUCCCAGUUUCUUUGGGCCUAUAUGCCCCCCUCGAGGAAUCAUGUUGCUUAGAAAUCUAAAAGAAGACCUCCUCGAUCAUAUCAAGAGCUUGUAUUUGCCCUACACGGUCAUUGACGUUGGCUGGUGGUAUCAGCUCUCACUACCCCCUCUACCUUCGGGCAGGCUUGCAGAUGCCCUCACCAUGCCCGUCCAGACUAUCUCAGGCGAUGGAAAUACUGGGACUGCUUUGAUCGACAAACGAGACAUUGGAAAAUACGUGGCUCGGAUUAUCGUGGACCCACGCACACUGAACAAAUCAGUGUUUGUGUUCAACGAGAUCUGGACCCAGAAUCGCAUCUUCGAUCUGAUGGAGAAGCUUUCUAGCGAAGAAAUACCCAGGAACCAUCUCUCAAUUAGCCUUGACCGCAACGACGUGCUGAUCAUCUCCAAGGUCGAUGAACAUAUUCUUCAGUCCAAGAUUAAGACUGCGAAUGAGGCUGUCUCUGCAGGCGAUAAUAAUCAGAUAAGAAACUUAGUAAUGUCCCAGUAUGAGCUUGUACUAGGAAUUCGUGGAGACAAUGCUCCAGCGUGUGCCAAGUAUCUUGGGUAUCUUAUUGGGAAAGAUUUAUAUCCUGAUCUUCAGGGUGAAAGUCUUGAACAAUUCAUCAAGGACACGCUGGCAGGGAAAAUUGAGCGCCUAUAUACAAGGCGU